AGAUCCAACUUUCAGAAAUCAAGAGACAUGUACAUUAGUUUAAGUCUCAAGAGACAGUAUGUCGUGAUUCUAUAGUAUGCUAAUCAAAUUAAUCGUGGCAAUGUUUCAUGUCAGCUGUACUCCAAGUCUGGAGAACUUUGCAACGAGGAAACAUGCUUUUGUUGCAACAGUAUUAGAGAACAGAACUCCAACACAAUUCGAGGAACAAUUUUGGGGAAUACCCAGUCGUACAGCAAUGAAGGGGAGGUUUCCUCUCAAUGGAACAUACAUUCAAGUUAAUGAGGUAUUUGCUUAUGAUGAAACUAGCCAAAACCCAAUCCAUGUUCCUAGAGAAUGGAUUUGGCAUUUAGAAAGGCGAACUGCAUACUUUGCCUCUUCAGCAACUGCAGUAUUUAGAGGUUUAUCAGCGGAUGCAAUUCGGAGCUGCAAAGGAAGGGUUUAUUUGUGUGAGAGGAUUUGACAGAAGAACAGGAGCUCCAAGACCCCUGGCAAAAAGACAAGAAUGGAAGAUGAAUAGAAGAUAACACAGAAAAUUCACCUAAAAGUAUUCCUUAAUGUGUUUUGCAAUUUUGAUAUGGUUUGACAUGAGGCAAACAACUAGGUGGAUACAUAUCUAGAGCUUCUUUGGCACGAUCUUAUUGUAGUUAUCACUUGUAUUUAACAAAAAAAGAACAGUUGCAUUAGAAACAUCCACGCAGAGAGCGCCGGAAAUAUCGUUGUACUGAUUCAUAAAGAAAAUAAAAUUAUUCUGAUCAAAUGAAGAUGUUUCUCGAAAAGUCAUCCAUCCAAUGAAA